AUGAAGUGCCUUCUGCUUUUAGUAGCUCUGAUCGAUUUGCUGUUUUGGCACAAGGGAUCGGCCAGCUUUCUGGAUGAGGACUGUGCAUUAAUUAAAUCCUCUGAUGCUGAGGCUAGAGAAUCCUAUCGACAUCGGGCUGAACCGGGCACCACUCCCUGGAUGGCCGUAGUAAGCAAUCAACACGGUUUUCUAUGCGGCGGCACGUUGAUUACCAAAAAAUUUGUGCUGACAGCCGCGCACUGCAUAGAUGGUCAGGAUCAAUUGUGCAGAGGUGUGGAAAUCUAUAAAGUAACCCGGGCUAGUGUACAUCUUGACUAUAAUCCAAGUCAAGGUACGAAUGAUAUUGGCCUGCUGGAACUUGAGUCUGAAGUGCAAUACAAAAACCACAUCCAGCCAAUCUGUGUCGUCACUGAUGACGCUAUAAAUGUAAACAAUAUCAAUGUAUUUACUGCCUUUGGCUGGGGUCAAACGCAGACUGGACGAGCUAGCCAGUUACUGAUGGCCGUCAGGCUGUUCCGGCGUGACUCCGAGGAGUGCCAUUUUGAGUUUAGGCAUCAAGUCAGGGAUAAUCAAAUCUGUGCCGGCAGCGCAAGGGGUGACACCUGUCACGGUGAUUCCGGAGGACCGCUGACCACCGUUGUCGGGGAACGCUACAUUCAGGUGGGCAUAGUCAGUUAUGGUACUGGAAUGUGCAAUGCUUCUGCGAUUUACACGGACGUGUGGAGCUACAUUGACUGGAUUGUGUCCAAUACAUGGUCUGUGAAACUGGGAGUUUACCACAGUUCGUGCGCCACACGAAGCUGCAGAGGUGUGGAAAGCUAUAACGUAAUUAACGCCAUUAUACAUAUUGAUUAUAAUCCAGUAGACGGUACGAAUGAUAUUGGCCUGCUGGAACUUCACUCUGAAGUGCGGUACAACAACCACAUCCGACCGAUUUGUAUCGUCACUGAUGACGCGAUAAAUAUCGACAAUAUCAAUGUAUUUACUGCCUUUGGCUGGGGUAAAACGGAGACCAGACAAGCUAGCGAGGUACUGAUGGCCGUCAGGCUGUUCCGGCGUUCCUCCGAGGAGUGCAAUUUUGAGUUUAAGCAUCAAGUCAGGGAAAAUCAAAUCUGCGCCGGCAGCGCAAUAGGUGACACCUGCGAAGGUGAUUCCGGAGGACCGUUGGCCUUCUAUGACGGGGAACGAUACAUCCAGGUGGGCAUAGUCAGUUAUGGUACUAAAAUGUGCAAUGCUUCUGCGAUUUACACGGACGUGUCGAAAUACAAGGACUGGAUUGUGACCAACACAAGGAAAAAUCGCCGGGGAAAUAUUAACAGAUAUUGA